AAAUCUGUGUUGCUUGCUCUUUUAAUCUGUGAUCACUCACACCUUUCAAAAUUGUGGCAGUGCACGAAACGUAAAUAGAGAUUUUCCAGAAAACUCUCUGGUUCCAAGAAACCGGAUUACAUCACAAUGUUAUCCCGUAUGUGCGUAGCUCGUUCUGCGUUUACUGUGACGCAUACUUUGAAGACUCCUGUUCCACAAAAACUUAUUCCUAAAAAUUACAUAGUCCGAAACUAUGCCCGCGAAGCCCGAUCUCGAGUGGCCUCCAGGACGCAGCCAUCUGUGUGGGAAAGAUUGAUGGCCCCUGCUGGACCUAAUGCUUUUAGUUUGGGAAAAGGAGCUCUGGCAGGUGCAUCGGCUGUGGGCCUUGUGGCUCUCUGUUAUUACGGCUCUGGAGCCAAACCAGGCACAUUACAAGAAGCACACCUCUGGCCACAAUAUGUUAAAGACAGGAUCAAAGCAACUUAUGGUUACAUAGCUGGUUCCCUGGUAAUCACUGCUGGCAGUGCUAUCACAGUAUUUCGUACACCAGCCUUGCUAAAUUUGGUUGCUCGAAAUGGUUGGGUGUCUAUCAUUAUGACCAUGGGAUUGAUGAUUGGCUCAGGCAUGGUGGUCCGUGGAAUGGAUUACAAACCUGGUUUUGGCGCCAAACAACUUGCUUGGAUAGUACACACUGGCAUUAUGGGUGCUGUUAUUGCACCAAUGUGCUUCCUCGGUGGACCUGUACUAAUUAGAGCAGCUUGGUACACAGCUGGUGUUGUGGGUGGUCUAAGUACAAUAGCUGUCUGCGCGCCCUCUGGUGAAUUCCUGAACAUGCGAGCACCUCUAGCUAUGGGCCUCGGAGCUGUGUUUGCCGCGUCACUUGCUGGCAUGUUUUUGCCACCAACCUCUGCCCUAGGAGCAGGAUUAUAUUCACUAAGUUUAUAUGGUGGAUUGAUUGUAUUUGGUGGAUUCCUGCUCUAUGACACUCAGGCAAUUAUCAAACGUGCUGAAAUGCACCCUAUGUAUGGAUUCCAGCCCUAUGAUCCUAUCAACUCAGCGAUCUCAGUGUACCUGGAUGUACUCAACAUCUUCAUGCGCAUUGCUAUGAUUCUGUCGGGUGGAGGUGGAAACAAGAGGAAGUAAAUUUAACCUACAACUAGUACAUAGCCAUCUUUCAAUUUCAAUUACUUGAUAUUUAUUAUUUAAUUUUUUUUAAUAUUGAAUAAAUUGUCAAGAGAACUUAGCAAAAUGUUAGAAGGCAGAAAACAUAAGACACUUUGCUUUCAAUUUAAUGACUUGUGAUAUAAUGUAGGCAAUAAGUUUGUAAAGAUUAGGUAAGGACUUCUAACUGGAGUUGGAAAUCAAUAAUAAAUUAACCAGUGUAACCGAA